CUAGCGUGUGUCAGUUAUGUCCAAAAAGUCAUUAUUUGAUGUUGAUUUCGCUCUGGCUGUUCUGUUUACAUUGUUGUUUCAAUUAAAAGUAGGAUUACUAAAGGUUAUAUUGGUGAUGACAUUCCUUUCUUUCAGAGCUAAACACCCUAUGAUAGCAUUAUUCCGUUUACAUCUAGCUACUAGGUAUGUCGGGUCCUGCGAGGAAGAUUGCGUAUCAACGCCACGAAUAUUCAGGCGCCCGUAAAUCGUCUAAACGUGUGAAAAGCGCUUUCAGACGAAUGUAUGGGGAGGACAACCGCGUGAAAAUUUGGCGUGCUGAAGAACUUAAGAAGAAAUUAAUGAAAGACCAAAUCAUCCCUGAUGAUUCUAUAGUUAUUCCUAGUACUAGCACAGUACGUCAAUACAGUAAUACUAGCACAAGGGACGUUGAUAGCCAAGCUUUGAUAGCGUUAGUAUUCGAACGAAAGCCUUUAUGGGACAAACAAAAUAUGUUUCAUAACAAUCGCAGUGUCAGCGAUAAAUACUGGAAGGAAAUAUGUACGGAACUGAAACAGGAUGAACAUAAAGUAAAAAAACGAUGGCGAUACCUACGUGAUUACUUUACGAGCGAACUAGGAAAAGUUGAAAGCGCCCUCUCCGGUGACCAAGGAAUAGAAAUAAUUCCAAAAUGGCCACAUUACACAUCAUUACUCUUUCUAAAGGACCAUGUGACGCCCCGCAGCCGUUUAAAGCCAAACGGAUCAUCGCCGUCAGAGAGUAUGGAUCAGGAAACUGAAAUAAUUGAGUCAGAAAGUCUUGAUCAUGAUUACUGCCCAUCACCUGUGCCAAGAAUCUUCGAAGAUAGCAGUUGUGUUGAGCAAUGUACUCCAGAAGUGUCUAAAGUCCCCGAAAUAGAUGUUGAACAUAGAAUAUUAAGUUAUUUACAAGAUAAAGAGAGAUCCCGUCAAAAUAGGACGGAUGCACAGAAAGAACAUGUGUUGUUUUUCAAAAGCUUGCUACCACAUGUUGAUAAAAUACCUAGGCAUAGGUUAUUGGCGUUUAGAAACCGCAUCCAAAGCGUUGUCGAAGAAUUUGCUUAUGAAUCUUUACAAAAUAAUGGGGACAUUGAAAUAAAAAUUAGUCGUCUAGACUAAUUUUUAUUUCAAUGUCUCUUGUAGAUUAUUUUAAAACAUUCGACACGUAUUUUUUAAUUUUCUUACGAAAACAAAUACUUUCGAAUAUAAUUAUAUCGAUUUGAAAUAUCGCGUGACGUAACUUCUAGGUACCUUUUAUACGUAGAAAUUAAGCGUAUUUGCUCCCACUCGUUAACUUUGAUUGGUUUUAUCUAAGUAUUGUUAUCUUAUAUGACAAAAUAAAGAAAUACGUGUCUAAUAUUUUUUCAUUACCUAACUGACGGACUAAAUAGAUUUUUAAUUUUCAUAUCCCGUCAUCAUUCCUAUUGCUAUUAUUACUAUAAAGAAGAAAUAAAACACAGAUUAUAAUCAAGUGGAGAUUUAUUAAAAAUAUAAUUAUGGAAA